GAGUGUUAUGCUGCAUUCUGCAAGUCUUUCCACGCCACUGGCGAAGCUGCAAAUGGGUUUCCUGAAGCUUCGGCUGAUGCUGAUGGCGAAGGUGGGCAGGGCGGCGCUGCUGCUGAUGGCGUCGGCGCUGAGCCAGGGGGGCAAGGUGUCCCUGGCGCUGAUGGCGAUUCUUGCUCGGACAGAGAUUUCGGGGAUAGAGUGCUUGCAUGGCUCCCUGCGACGGCUAUUAUUCUCCAUGGGGUUACAAACCCACCUGCCGUCCUUCGAGCAGGCUUCUGCGAGAUGGAUGUCAUCGAG